AUGGCAACUUCAACCCAACCAUUAGAUGCCUCCAGACUUAGCAUCCACCUAACCACCACACCCCGCGAGGUCCCCAUCCCCGGCUCCAAAACCGCCACCGGCUGUACCGACCACAUGAUCAUCGCCGACUGGACCACCGAAGCAGGAUGGUCCACCCCCCAACUCGUCCCCUACGGCCCCAUGGAAAUGAUGCCCUCCGCCAGCGUCCUCCACUACUCGACCUCCUGUUUCGAAGGACUAAAGCUCUACCGCGGCCACGACGGAAACCUGCGUCUCUUCCGCCCCGAAGCCAACUGUGCCCGUUUCCUCCGCUCCGCGCAACGCAUCUCCCUCCCCGAAUUCGACCCCGAACAGGUCCAACACCUAAUCCGCAAGCUGUGUGAGAUUGAUGGCCCUCGCUGGCUGCCGAAGAUCUAUCCGGGGAGGUUCUUAUACCUUCGACCCACGAUGAUUGGCACAGACUCUAGUCUGGGCUUCCAUGCACCCCGGGCUGCCCGGCUCUUCAUUAUCAUUUGUUGCUGGCCGACUAUUCAGUCCGCGGAUGAUACCGGGAUGAGACUUGUUGUCAGCACGGAAGGGUCUGUCCGCGCCUGGCCUGGGGGUACCGGUGCGUCCAAAGUGGGUGCUAAUUACGGUCCUACGGUGCAAGCACACGUCAAGGCCACAACGGCGGGGUUCCAACAAGUUCUCUGGGUGUUUGGCAAGGACGAUCAGGUCACCGAGUCUGGGUCUUCGAACUUAUUCACUAUUUGGGAAACGACCGAUGGAAGGGUUGAGAUUGUCACGUGUCCGUUGGAGAAUGAUCUCGUUCUGCCGGGGAUUACUCGUCAAAGUAUUCUUGCUUUGUUGCGGGAGAGGUUAGAUGUGGAGGGCUCGGCGUUGCUGGGAUCAGUGAAGCCUGUUACUGUGGCAGAGCGGUCUUACACGAUGGGUGAGAUUCAGGCUGCGGCGAGGGAGAAUCGCCUUUUGGGUGCUUUUGCGGCGGGGACGGCGUAUUUCGUUACUCCGGUGUCGUAUAUUGAUUAUCGUGGAGAGGGGAUUGAGGUUCCGGUCGGAAAGGUCCCGUAUGUGGCGCUGUUGCAGGAGUGGUUAGCUGAUAUUAUGUAUGGGAAGGUGGAGAGUGAUUGGGCUGAGGUGGUGGAGGAGCCGACAGCUUGA